AUGAAACCAUUUUGGAUAUAUAUUUUUCUAUUUAUACUAAGUAGUGUUGGUGCCAAUGAAUCUACUACAUCCACAUCAUCAUCGGUGGAACCUGCACCAACACCUUCGACUUUAGUUGACAUACUAUCAGAACGUCCACAGUUUUCGUAUUUUCUUCGACUUCUACAGCGACAAGGAAUGAUACCGACACUAAACCAAAUGGAAAAUGUUACUUUAUUAGCCCCAAUAAAUCUGGCAUUUGUUGGAAAAAAAAGUAUCGAUUGGGAUAACAAUAGUUUAAAUAGGUAUAUUGUCAAUCAAAAACUUCGUGUUGGAUUAUUGGGCAAGUCAGAAUCAGUUUAUCAAACAUUAUAUAGGGUGGGCAAUACCAACUAUCUGAUAGCAGUAAGUCCAGAUUUUGAGAGUUUGGAGUAUGUGAUUGAUGAGGUGUCUUAUAUUGUGGAAGAAGAUAUCUAUGCAAAACACCAGCAUUCUUAUAUUCAAGGCAUCGACCAAUUGUUACCAGAAAAACCAACUAUUUGUGAUGUUCUAAUGAAUAACACCAACCCUGAAAUAUCGUUAUUCAGUAAGAUUUUUCAACUGCUAUUUAUAGAUACUGACGAGCAACAAGUACAGAGUAAAAAGAAGAAGAAGAAGAAGAAACACAAGAAACCUAAAAAGACCAAAUUACCACCUUUACCCAACUCAUGCAAAGAGUUUCUUAAUGGAACAGGAACCAUAUUGGUGCCAUCCAACAAGGUUUUGAAAAAUUCGUUGACAGAUAUACAAUUACAGUAUUAUUUAGCAAAUAGUGAUUUUGCAAGGUAUGCAACUACCACAGACGCGGUAUUUGAAAUUAAACACGAUGUUAUGAGUUUACUUCAAAGUCUUAUGUUUCCUGCAUUGAUUGUAGGUUCCAAUAACACCAAUUCUAAAAUAAAAUCAAAUUUGGGGAGUAGCCAUAAAUUCAAGCUCAAAGACGGUCAUGUGGAAGUUGAUAAAGUGGCAGUAACUGAAAGUCAUGUCUCUGCUGAUGGUGUCAUUCAUAUUUUCAAGGAGACAGAUCUGCUUUUUGAACAGCUCAACAUCGCAACAGCGGAGAUGAUUGCAAGGAAAUCUUUGUAUGCUUUGCAUUACUCAAAUUUUGUUGAUGAGCUUUAUUUCCGAUCUCUUGGCCACCUUGUCGAUGGGUCGAGCCAAAACCAAUCCAUUUUCCUUGAUGUAAAUCAGAGGGAUGACGUUGAAGACGAUGACGUGGAAGCGUCAGUGGCUUCCUUUAGCUCCAAACAAAACAUAUUGUACCAAUUUGUUGACGGUAAAGUAGCGAUUCAUGAUACUAUGCAUUCCUUGCUUGAUACCAAACUUUGUUCAAAGAAGAAAAUAGGUGGGUGCUUCAAGUUAAAGUUCUCAAUUUCAAACGGGAAGAACAAUAUAACAGUUAAUGAUGAGGUACACAUUCAAGCGUAUACCCCGAUUGCAAAUGAGAGUGUUGUAUUUGUGGCCAAUGGAGAAAUCACCCCACCAGUUAAUCUUAAACAUUCUUUGGGUGACUUGAUUUCAAGUGGAGCUGUACAUAGACAUUUGGAGAAUAUUGAAAUUGACCAAGGCAGUUGUUUGAAAACUUUGGAGUACAUCAACCGUUUUGGAUUGUCUUCUUUGCGUGAUAAUGAUGAAGGGUAUUCUAUAUUUUUGCCAUGCGGCACCACUGACACAAAGGGUACAUGGAAAGAUUUGGGGUUGAUCUUAACAUAUUUAGAGAGAAAUCCUCAUAUGCUCGAAAUGGUAGUCAAAAGCAUGUUUAUGGAAGGAGUGGUGUAUUCAGAUUUUACUUCACAUAAAACACUAAAAGACUUGAACGGAAACCAGGUUAAAUUCAAAAGUCGCAAUAUCACAAAUGAUGCAAACGAGGCUACGUUGAACAACACUCAACUUUCUUUCCCGUUGAACUCGGACUUGCUCUUCCAACAAGGUGUGAUCCAUGUGACAAACAAAGUUUUUUUCCCUGAUGAUUUUGAGGUCCCAAUUGAAGAAUUGAUCAAGACCACAUAUGAUUCAAAUUUCCCUAGCUUUUUUAUGUGGGAUAUUUUAAAAAUGUAUCCCAAUAUAAAUAAGGUGAUUACCGGGAAGCAGCCUUAUUCUUUAUUGAUUCCAACAGCAGAGUCUUUGAAAGACUUUAAUAUCACCACCUCAAUGAAGGAUCUAUUGCGAUUCAUUGACUUUCAUUUGAUACCAAACAGUGAAGUCACAAAAAUUCUCGAUUGCAUAUCAGGAGAGGGAUAUAAUAAUUCUGUUAUCAAAACGAACUUAUCAGAAGGUGGCUUAACAUGUAAACACAAACCUCAAACAAACAAGGUAAUGUUACAGUUGCACAAACUAAACACAAUAUCAACUGUUUCUUACAACAAGGAUCAAGAGGUGAGAUUACUUAGUCAUGGGUGCACCAAGAAAUAUCAAAGUGGAACAGACCAAUUAUCGUGUGUAUUCUUGAUUCAAAAGCCAUUGAACCUUGACUGGUUUGAGAACCCCAAAAACGGAGACAACUUUUUACAUGUGCACUUGGGAUUGGUCAGUGUUGGUGUGGGUGUCAUUUUAGGAUUAAUAAUAUUUGGUGGUGUCAUGGUUGGUUUGAUGUUUUGUAUUGGAAAAAGAGAAAAGAAUAACAAUAAAGACGAUUUCGAGUUUCCUAGACCAGACUCCGGGUUCAUGAGUGUUUUGACAGAUGAUGACGAGUACGUUCCUUACGAUAGAGGCUAUGAGACAGACGUUGACGUUUUGCGAACAGAAACUGAUGCAUUGCUUCCCAGUCACAUGAAAAGAAAAAAGCGUGUUAAAAAGCCAGAUUAUGGGUCUACAAAACAGGGAAGUAAUGGUGUUACGUUACCGAGAGACAUAGGCGAUAUCAGAAGCACAUUGAACCGUGAAAGAAAUCUCCCAGGUUAUUCACAGUAUUGA